AUGUUUGUUGAUACACUCGUCGAAGGAAAAACCCCAGUCAAAGUGUUAAUUGAUACAUCCUCGAAAUUUAAUACCAUUAGUAAAAGGUUGUUCGAUAAACUUAAAUCAAAUCAUGGAAUACGUCCUAUCUGUAGCCCUGUUAAGAAUCUUUAUGGAGACGCAAUAGAUGAAAUAAAUUGUUUGGAUUUACAAUUCCAGUAUAAGGGAACAUAUCAUAGCUUAGAUGGUACCGAUGCAAUAAGCUUCGAAAUUCGCAAAAAUCCACCAUUCGAUCUGGUAUUGGGGCAAGGUUGGUUAUGGGUGCAUGAAGCAAAAAUAAGCUUUGAAUUUUCUCCCGAAACCUGUAGCCACCAUGCUAAAAUUGUAAUAGAUGGUAUGAGCAUCCCAUUAACCGAAGAAGGUAGCAGGUCCAUGGGUGACUCUUCACGUCAUAAAACCAGCUCCUCUAAAAAUAACUUAUCUAAAUCAACGGAAUCUAAACCUGGUCUAGCUCAAGAGGAG